AUGGAAAUAUAUGAAAAGAAUAACUGGAUUUGUGGAUGCAGCACAACAAACCGUUUGUUUUGUUUUUCCUGUUUGUUGUUUGGUCACGGGGUUGCAGAGCCUGCCUGGACAAAAAAUGGAAUAGCCGACUUAGGACAUUUAGCACAAAAAAUUAAGAAACAUGAAAACACUCAAGUCCAUAUCAAUGCGCAACUGGAAAUGCAGCUUUUGGGAAAAGUAGAUAUACGGCAGCAGUUGGACAGUGCAUAUAGGCGCAGUAUUCAACAGCAAAAUGAACAAGUUAGAAAGAAUAGAGGUUUAAUAAAUUUCACUGCCGAAUUAGAUAUAGCACUUAAAGAUCAUUUUGAAAAAUCGACAGUAUUCAAAGGGGUAUCAAAAAUCAUUCAAAACGAAUUGUUAGAUUGCAUGUUACAAGUGGCUCAGGAAAAUAUAAGGAAAGAAAUUUUGGAAGCUGAAUUUGUUGCUGUUAUGGCUGACGAAACAACGGAUGUAGCUAAUUGUUAUCAAAUGACUACAGUAUUUAGGUACAUUCUACCAGAUGGAAGGCCAGUUGAACGUUUUUGGAAUUUUGUUACCCCCCCUGACCACGAUGCAGUUAGUCUCUCAGAAUGUGUGAGAACUAAUUUAAUACAAGUGCUAGAUAAACCAGAGAAACUGAUAGCUCAAAGUUAUGACGGCGCUAGUGUAAUGAGUGGACGUCGUGGAGGUGUUCAAGCUCUUAUCCAACGCGAUUAUAUUUAUGCUUAUUUCAUUCAUUGUUAUGCCCACCAGCUAAAUUUGAUUUUAUUGCAAGCUACAAGCCAAAAUCAAGAAGUACGGUUACAAAAAACAGUGACUGACCCAGUGCAAAUUCAGACUGCCAUAAAGUGUUUUGAAAACUGCAUCCAAAAAGAGAGAGACUGCUUGGAAACAAUUGAAACUGAAAUUUCUGAAGAUACCACUACUACUCAAACUAAAAAGCGUCGUGCAAAUGAAGACCAGCAUAUUUGCAGAGCUGUUGCAGCCAAGGAAGUUUGUGAUACCAUAAUUACACAUCGCCACUGUUUAUGCCAGAAUAGCAGCAUUUAUUCUUCGAAAACCCAAUUUAUAUCCAAAUAUGAAAGGAUGUUAGACUUGCUUCAGUUCUGCGAAACAGAUACUCCAGUUACAGCACAGCUUGUGCAGGCAUAUUGCAAAUUCUCUGAAUGUAACUUAAUUGGUGUGAAAGUUGAAAUGACUAAAGCUCCAAUUUUUCUUCAUUCUCACGUCAGGGUAGCGAAUUUGCAAUGUAGAAUGUUGGAUAAGCUACACGAACAACCAGUCGCAGACUUCAGCAGCCAGGGAAUGAAAGGAGAGGAAAACGAUAUCAUUCGGACCACCACAAAGAUUGGGGGCGGAAGAUUUCUCCAGGCUUAA